AGGGGGUUGUAGUCUAGAUAUGUGUACCACCGUCGUGACCCAUCCUGGGGAGUGUUACCGUAGUCUGUAGCCGCCCGCCAUGUCCAUUGCCGCCGUUACUCAUCAGAUACGUCUCUCUCUUGAAGAUCCUGCAAACAUCGUGCGACGCGAGCAGCUGAGGGGUGCAGUGGAUGACUUCGUCAAGGCCCCAUUAGAUGAACCGGAGGUGAUUCUCUUCCAGUUGGAAGAGGAGCUUCGGACCAUCCACAACGACGUUAUGGACCAUACUUCGUUGGCGCACAUCGAGGUAUUCUUGGGAGUUCUCCACGGCCUACGCUCACUCCUGUCCUCGGCUUCCAUUAUCUCGACUUGGUUCGAUGUGGUACUUCGCCCUGCACUACGGGAACUCAAGCUUCCUACUACCUCAGCAAAUCAUGCAAAGGAACUCAUCGUUUCGGCGGCGACGCACGUUGAUGAACGGCACCCCGACAAGGUAUCUGAAUUCCGGAGGAGGCUACUGGAGUUGUAUCUUCUAGAUACCUCGGUCGAAAGUUCCGGUGACGAUAUCCUGGAGUGGACAGAACUUGAUCAGAAUCUAAGAGAUAAGAAAUAUCAAUGGAAAUCUAACUUGGAGGAUACCCUCGUCAAGUUUGGCUUACAAUGCACCCGAGAACUCCUGGACGAAGUACACUCGGCAUUUGAAACACCCUCUUCCCGUCUCCAACUGGCCAUUCUGCUGAACUCCCUCGCAUCAGAUCAGGCAUUCCCAUCAUUGGCGGCUAAAGUGGCAGAUCACCCGCAGAUCGGCAGCCUAUUGAAUUCACUCCUGUUGGACAAUUCCUCGACUCUCUGUACCAUUGCCCUCACCGUAAUGGUAAAACUAUUGCCUAUAUUUGCAGUCCAUGCCCAUCAGGAACUCAAGAAGAUGCUUCCUCGCCUUUUCGUCAUCCUUGCAAGAAUCAUGUAUUGCAAGAGAGCGCGUCUCCUCAUGGAUGAGCCGACGGGCCCAGAUGAAUCUAGCUCAGAUGGGUUUGUUGAAACACCACUACUGGAGUUACGUCCCGAUCUAGGUUGGCAGAGACUCGAGCUAACAGUCAAGGCCGGGCCUCCUGCACCCCCCUCCGAAGCGUAUUUUUCGUUAUUCCUUCGUGGUCCCGCUCCGUACUUGCAAGACAGGGGCUACCAAACGCCGUAUACUGUAAGUUGGGAAGACGCACUGGAUCAAGCAAACAUACAAAGUAAAGCAGAAGCGCUUCUCCGCUCACAUACAGUGCACUCCGGAAUCAUUCGGCGCGACUGGCGGAUUGAACUUGAGGAAGGAGGAUUCGUGGGCCGAUCACAGUUCGCGAACAACUCUCUACCUACACACGAAAUUGAAACCCCACGCUUGAUGAUAGUCAACGAAGGAGCAAAUUCAGGAUCGCCGACCCCUCAACCAGCUCUUCUGGAGCUUUCGUCUUCCAAGUUGCGCGUAUCACUGCAGGACAUGAUCACCACUUCUGUCGCGCUUAAGUCGAAUCGCGAAGUUGAAAUCGACGGUCCAAUGACCACGAAGUGGCCAAGCUCACUCUUUACACGUAGGGGCGACUCACCGUCGAGGACUAAUGUCGACCUACCAUCUGAACCCGGAAGUGCGGAUGACGGUUCACAACUUUCCGGGCGGGUUGCGGAGGCAAUCGCGAGAUUGCAGCGUGAGGUACUCCUACUCAGGAACGAACUCAAUUUAGAGCUGUGGCUAUCGCGGCAGAAUGUGCAACAUAUUGGCCGACUACACCAGGAUCGUGUCCUUUCCAAGAAUGCGGAGGUGGAGCGCCAGGGAUUGUACAACAAGUUGCGCCAGUACAAGGCACAAGUUCAGAGUUUGGAACGAGAGAUCCGCGAGCAUAAAGAACAGUCCUCGUCUGCAAAGAACAAAUACGCAGACUGGAACAAUGAACUUCAGAAGAAGCUUCGCGAAUUCCGAGAGGAGAAAAGACGAUGGAUAUCUGAAGAAGCAGCGCUGCGGACUGCCAAUAAGGAGAUUCUGGCACUUUUCGAAGCGCAGGGGAAACUGCUAGCUGAUGCGGAGAAAGAUGUAUUCGAGCUCAAAACUAGACAGAAGGAGAACGAACAUAAGAUUGAUCGUUUGCAUGACUACGAGCGUCAAAUCGAACAGCACGUCCGUAUGCAGAAGCUCUGGGAUGUGGACUUUGAGAGAUUCAAUGCCCGGGGACGAGAGGUGGAACAGAUGAAAGCCAGUUGCAAGCAAAUGGAGAUGAUCCUGGACAGUUGCGAGAAAUCGUUAGCAAAGAUGGAGGAGGAAGCACGGGUUUACCGUCGCCAAAACCAGGCGCUGGAAGGACGUCUGGCGCUCAUGCAAAAAAAGUACGACGCCUUCCGGCGACUUCCAGAGAGCGAGAUUACAGCUAUUGUUGCGGAGAAAUCUGACCUCGCUCUCGCCAAUGCGAAACUGCGGGAAGAAAAUGCGGAGCUCAAGGAUGAAAUGGAGGAAAUGAGAGCUGCUGUGGAAGGAUUGCGUGCACAGCUCAGUGGCCAACGGGGUCUGAUCUAUGAGCCAAGGCCAAGGCCAACUGUCGCCAGCUAGCUAUUAUCUACAUCGUAGCUGACUACUAGUGUGAUUGUAGCCACUAUUAGGAACAUCAAGUUGUGUCGCUGGAAAAGGCAAGUAGGGGAAUGUUCUGGAAGGAUAUCAACUGGCCUUUGGAAGAAUAA